GUUAUUUAAUAUCGACUGCUAUAGUUGCUAGAUUUCGUAUGUAUAUUGCGACGUGUCAUUGAAAUAACAAAUAAAUUAUUAGAAUGUAGUGAAUUAAAUUAAUUGUUUUCUACAAGAGAGAAAAUUGAAAUAAGACAUUAAACUUCGUUAUUCUCUCAGAACUUUUUUGAGACUAAAUAAUCAUUUUAAAGAAAGAAACAAAAAUGCAGAACAAAUUACCAAGACUGGCAGUUCGUGACAGUUUUGACGAUGAGGAUUUAAGUGACAUUGACGAUGAGGUUUUUAUUCGUGAUGGAAAAAAUGGGAUUUUAAAAAUAGAUGACGAUUGUGUCGUUAAAAGACCUUUAAUGGCACCACGUCGAAAAUUUAAAAAUGUUAAUAUGACUGAAAGAGUUGUUUUGCCUUACAGAGCUUUAUUAGCUCCAAUUUGUUAUGGACUAAUAGCAUUAUUAAUUUUACUUGGAUUAAUUGUUCUUUGUGCAUUGACAGUCAAUUUAUUUCCAAUGCCAUUAACAAUAAUAAGAAAAUUUUUAUCGCAUGGCACAAAAAUACAUUUAAACAAAACAACAACAAUUCCUUGUACUUCCCUUUCUUCGAAAAUAAUUUGGACGAAAACUCUACCGAAAUUAACGUCAGAAGCACCUUUAAGAAGUAAUGACGUUAAUGGAGAUAAUAUUGACGAUAUUAUUGCAGGAUUUAGUACAGGAUUGGAUGCAACGGAUUCUCCGGACUAUGUUUGCAAUUUAUAUUUCAAAGAUCAAAAGCCCUGCUUCGGUGGUGUUCUUGCAUUAAAUGGAAAAUCUGGAGAUAUUAUUUGGACCCAUUGGACGAGUCAUGCAAUAUUUUCCGUUGAUUGUAAUCUCGAUUUAACGGGUGAUUCAACAAAAGACUGUAUUAUAUCGGGACGUGGAGGAAUUCUUCAUGCUGUGAAUGGUCGUAAUGGAAUUAGUAUCUGGGAAAUACCGAGAGCCGAUAAAGGACACGUGACAUCGGACAAUAAUGAUUUUCCCGAUAUUUACGAUGCGAAAUUUAUCGUCGACAUUGAUAACGAUAGAAUUGGCGAUAUUAUAGCUUCGCAUAUUAUUCAAACGGACGAGAAACUUAUUUCUGAAAUUGUCAUUGUUUCGGGAAAGAGUGGCAAAAUAAUUCGUAAUGUUCAAUUACCGGACACUGAGGAAUUAUUCGUUGCUCCUCAAGUUCUUGUUCAUCCAGAUGGGGAGAAUAUUUUUGUUAUUGUCACCAAUAGUCAGAAGCAGUCCGGGGGACUUUAUGUCAUUCGCCAGGCGCAAUUAAUGCAAGGAGAAUUGAAAUUACGUAAACUACAUCAUAGUGCAGGGAAAGGCGUUCUUUUGGCUCCGAUUUUAGUCGAUAUAAAUUUAGAUGGAACGGAAGAUAUUGUCGCUGCGAUGUUUAAUUCGACAAUUGUCGCCUAUGAUGGAAAAUCGUUUCAACAAAUUUGGAACUACACAAUUCCUAAUUCGGAAGUAAUAAGUAUUCCCAUUCCUGGAUAUUACGAUGACGACAAUAUUCCCGAUUUUAUGGUAAAACAUCAAAUUGGUCCUGGAUUUCCGGUUUAUUAUUACACGGAAGCUAUGAUUAUUAGCGGAAAAACUGGAAAACCACUACUCGAAGAAGCAAUGAGAGACAGUAUGAGCGCACAAAUGUCAGGAUUGUCAAUAUCCGUGCAAGGCUUUGGAAACGAUUGGUUUCUCCACUGGUCCGCUGAUUGCCUAAAUCACGAAGGCUCUAAAGACAAGUAUCAAUUUUUCAAAGGACAAAGCAGUAAUUCACAAACACGAGCCGAUCUCUGUAAAUUGCGAUUUAAUUCAACGCAAAUUACCCGAUUGUUCGCUUUCAGUCAACAUGUCGGACCGCCCGGUAUUUCUCUCUACAAAUCCGAAGACUGGAAAAAAUUAGAAUUCAACAAUUCAUUCGAUCCACGUGAAGCGGCGGAAAAUUAUUUCGAAAAACAUCCACUCGACGAAAUGGAGCCCUUAAAUGAAAAUGAUGACGUCUCGGAACGUUCGCCGAAAAUACGAAAAAAUUCCCAACUAAAUGAGAAAUUUCCAGUAGAUGAUGAUUUUCUCGGUAAAUACGAUAUCGAGGAUUACAAGGACGAAGAGCCGCAAAUAAUCGGUUUUGAGGAUAAAGUACCAGACGACAUGAGUUUUGCCGAGGAAUUACGUGACUUUGACAAAUGGGACGAUGAAUUGAGACCGAAAAAAAUUUACGACGUCCUGACUUAUGACGACGAUAGUGAACGUUUAUCGCCAAAUGAAAUGCGAUCACAGCGUAGCGAUAAAUUAACAGCAAGGAUAAAUAAUGAUACAAACGAUGUGCAAAAUAAACUUGAUCCAAGUAUGGAUUACACUAAUGGUCAAUCGAAACGUUACUAUUCUCUAGAGCCUGUUAAUAGAACAAAUUCCCUCGACGAGAAUUCCGAUUAUUUCAAUAUGCCCGAUAUUGAUUUCACCGAUGAUUCCGAGGAAAUAACGAAAGUUCUCGAGAGACGAGAUACUAAAAAACAUCAAGGACAAAAGGAAAUUCCCAUCGAUACCCAAAAUGGUAAUUACAAUGAUUGGAUAAAACUUGACAAGAAAUUAAAACAAAAAGUACCAGACAAAAAAGCAAAGCUUAAAAAAAAGAUAAUUAAUACCGAAAAUAGUGAAAAAACACUCUUUCGAUCUAAACGUAUCCGUUCGACAAUUGAAAAGAAAUUAAAAGAUAAAAAUCUCGGAAUUCAACGACAACCACCAACGGGAAUUUUACUACCAUCAUUAAAAUCAACUCAAAAACGAUCGAUUGAUCUUGUAUUCUCGACAUAUUGGCUACCAGCGACUGAAACGCCGAUAAUUCUUCUUCAACGUGAUUUGGAUUGUAUUCAAAAGAAAGAGGACAUGCAAAUUACAACGUACGAAGAAAAGGUGAAGGAAUGUCUCGCAGAGCGUGGAAUUAAUAACAAAUAUUUCGAGGAAGUUAGUGAUCGAGAAAAUCUGAAAGUUGCUCUGGGACAAAUGACAAUUUAUCGAAUGCAACUCCAAUGUGUUUGUCCACAGGAUAUUUUACCAGGUGACACGUGUAAAGAUAUAUUGCGUCGUCAAAGUUGGUCCGCGCAUCUCGGUUCCGCUGGUAACGGUUAUUUUCGACCAUAACAUUUUUAAAAAGAAAAAAAAACUUGACAGGAAUGCUCAGAAUUUUGGUAAAAAAAAAAAAUUAACGAGAGGGUAAGAAAGUAUUUAGUAAACGAAGAUCGGGGAAAAACUGAUUUAAAUUUAAUUUUUUUUCUGUUUAAAGAAAUAUUUGUUCUUUCAUUUAAACAGUUGAAACGUUUUUAUUUUGUUAGUAUUUAGUAAACGAAGAUCGGAGAAAAACUGAUUUAAAUUUGUUAAUUUCUGUUAUUUUAUUUAUAAUUUAUUUUUUUACUUAUUUUUAUUUUUUUAUUUAUUUAUUUAUUUGUUAUUUAUUUAGUUUUAAUUUUCCGUUACUGUUGUAGUUAAAAAUAGUUGUCGAAAGACUAUUUACCAAAAAAAAACAUUUUAUUAAUUGUUAAAACAAUUGAACAAUUAAAUAUCAAUUUCUCAAGUGAUUGUUCGAAAGCGCAGGCUCCUCGAGAGACAAUAAAUCCGAAGGGCCUUGAGAAUAAAUAAUUUUUGUACUUGACAAAUUUAAUAAUUACUUGCCUCAAUAGAAAAAUAAUUUAAAUUACUUUCACAAAGUUAUUACUAAAUUUACUGAAAAUCACUUUGAAUUAACUUUUAUAUUAUCUGAAUAUUUACAAAAAGUUUCUUUAAAAUAAAAUAAAAAGAAAAUAGAAGAAAAAUUUCCAAAUUAUUAAAAAAUGGUUUCUUUUCGUUAUUUUUUAAAAUGUCAGUAUUUUAUUCGUAAGGUCUUUUGGCUCCAGACGAGUUGAGAAAAAUGUGAUUUGUCCCCAAUCAGAGUAAUGAAUCAAUUCAUAAAAUAGACUUGUAUAAUGAUACAAGAAAUAAGAAUUCAAUUGAAUUAUAAAAAAAAUCAAAAUAUCAGUUUUAUAAACUAGCCAGAAAAUGUGUUCAAGAUUAUUCAGAAUAUUUUUCAAACAAAAAUCUAUUUACACUAUUUGAAAUUUAAAGUACAAACAUAAUCAUUUUAUCAUUAAAAUUAGUUUAUAGAGCAACACUAUGAGAAACUGUUAGAUCAAUAUUUUAACUUCUCUUCUGUAUAAUACACUCCGCACGUCACAAUGCUCAUAAUUUAGAAUUUUUAGAAUUUUAUUUUAAAAAUAAAAUCUUCAUCAAAUCUUUUAUUUGGCAAUUUUAUUUAUUUUUUUUUCUUUUUUGGAAAAUUUGAUCAUCAUCUGUUUUAAGUGGACACUUCACAUUUGUCUCGUAAAAAAAAAUUAAGUAUAUGUAUAUAUUAUAUAUUCUCUGAUAAUAUAAUUCUACUCUCUAAGAAAUAAAUACAGAAAAAAAUGUGUAAUUUCUAAUUGUGAAAUUAGUGAUAAUUUCUAUUUAAUUUGCCGAAUAAGAAAAAGGUGAUUCUUUCAAAUAACAACAUGGCAAAUGCGGUCCAGUGCGUACAAUUGCAAAAGGUUAGCAGAUGCAUAUUGUAUUAAAGAAAACAAAUUGUAUAUCAAUUUUCAUAUCAAAAAGUUUUUUUUUCCACUUCUGAAAAAUUUACUUCGUUCAGUGAUGAUUUUACAAAAAAAAACUGUACAGCCAACGUUUUAUUAUAUUUCUCUUUCUUUCACACUGAAUAAAAAUGUAUCACAUUUAA